AUGAGAUCAAAGAAGAAGAGUGCAAUCCACUACUUCUUCGAGCUGGUCCACGUUGAUGCCAAAGGCAAUACGAUUCAAGGAGCAUCUGGUGACAAACAUUACCACUGCUACCAUGGCAACCGCAAGAUUAUCACCAUCUUAGGGACCAGUCGCAGCAACCUCACAACGCUCGUCAAUCACCUUAAACACCACUUCCCUGCCAUGCACCGCCUCUAUACCAUCCUCCAUGAGCGCAAGGAUUCACCGACUGAAGAAGAAAUCGAAAUCGCAAAUGGUACCAAGGUACUCGAUGUCAAAUCCGCAAUGAAUUAUCUCAAGAAGCUUGAGCUGGCCUCCAAGAACAUUGUUCAGGCUUUCCAACGGCAGACUGUCCAAGCUGCGGGAGAGUGGGAUCAAGCGAAGUUUGAAAGGCUUCUUCUUGAGUGGAUCGUCGCCUGUGACCAGCCAUUUGAGGAGGUGGAACGGCCUGAGUUUCAGUCAUUGCUGAAUUAUACUCAUCAUCCAGCACCGGAACCACUACAUAUACCGAGUUGA